AUGGAUCCUCCCGGCUCAGACCCUACACGAUGGGCCAUCCUUAUUGGAGUCGGCGUGACUAUCUCAAGAAAGAGCAAAGACUCCGAGGCUCGUGUCUCAGAUAGGUCACUACAAGGAGCCGUUAAUGAUAUCCAGUCCAUGGAAAAGUACCUUGAGUCAAGACCAUUCGCAGUAAAUACAACACGUCUGACAGCCACCAAAUCAAAGGACAGUCCUCUCAAGUCGGCUGAAAGCUUUGAUCAAUUACCGACACUCGACAAUGUGGUUUCAGCUUUAAAGAAAGUUCUCAAGACUUCCAAACAAAAUGACCAUGUAUAUAUCCAUUAUUCUGGUCAUGGCUCUUGUCGGGCGAUGGACGGUGCAAUUGCGCUCGAACUUGUCAACCCCCUGACCCUUGAGACCGAGUACUUGUAUGGAACCGUCCUACGAAGCGCAAUCAACAAGAUGAUAGAGAAGGGUCUCACUGUGACUCUUGUUCUCGAUUGUUGCUUUUCGGGAAGUGUACUUCGCGAUGAUAGACCAGAUGUUGGCAAUAUCCGAUACACAGAGCACCAUACAGACUUCGAUACUUCAUUCGACAAUCCUUUUGGGGACACCGACCCAGAGGAACUGAGAGAUGGAGUGGUUACUUUCUCAAGGCUUCUGGAUCCUCAAGGAUAUACGAUUAUUACCGCUUGCGGCCCUCACGAAGUUGCCUCAGAGUUAAAGUUUGAAGGCGGAGCUACAAGCGGAGCGUUGACCUAUUUUCUCAUAAACUCACUCGUUCUGUUGUCAAGACGCGGCACAAAAGUGUCUAACGAGAUGCUUCAUCAGCAUCUUCGAGCACAAUUCCAUGCCCGGCUUCCAGACCAGACUCCAAUGCUCUAUGGUCGUCGUGGGUUUGCAUUUUUUGGAGACUUCUCAGACGACAUUAGGCAGGUCGUUGCCCCUACGGUAUCAAUGCAUCGGAGCAUGGAAGAUGGCUGUCUUAUUCUCCAUGCGGGACAAGCUCAUGGAGUUCACAAGAAUGAUGAAUAUGCUUUGGCGCCUUUUGACAGAAGCACAAACCCGAGGGAUAGAGAUUCAGUCCGGAGUAGAGUCUACGAAGUCGACUGCCUCUCAUCCAAGAUGGAGACCGUCGACCCGGUAAACAAAGCUGGCAUCGCAAGAGGUUCAACGUGGGAGGCCACUCUCUUAACAUCGUUUUCACGCCGAAAGAUUCAAAUUUGCCUUGACUUGGACAAGAGUGUCUGCGCGGCUCUCAUCCAAGCAGCAUCAGCAACUACUUACCUUGGAUUAUGCCACAAAUCCACAACUGACAGAAUGAAAACACCAGUAUCAUAUGUCGUCAAGAGAACGCUGAAAGAUUAUGAGAUCAGAGACCUUACGGCCAAGCAUGCGUGUGUUGUGGCCAAGGUCCCAUACGAUCCCAAAAGCAGUGGCCCUCUUUUCGAUGCUUUGGAUCACAUAUCUAGGUUCAAGUUCUUUGAAGGCCUCGAGAAUAGAAUUUCAAGUUCUGCCCUAGAAAGAUCUUUCUCCUUACACUACUCAGAACGUCCAAGUCCUGACGGGUCUUUUCACAUCAAGCAUGAACAAACUCUGAGCAUAAUAAUGAAGAAUCUCUCAAACAGAACCUUGUAUCUGGGUGUAUACCUGUUUACUGAAUUCUGGGAGAUUCGUAACCUGAUGUCUGAGAGCGGAGAGGAUGCAUACCUCACGAUAAAGCCAAAGGGUCACAAAGAGUCAGGAACCCAGGAACUCCCUUUCACGAUGACAGUACCAAAGCGGGCUUCUGACCAAGGAUUAUCUGGCACUGAAUAUAUAGUCAAAUUGUUUAUUACUAGUCGACCAUUCGUGUUUCCGGGUAUGGUUCUUCCAAAACUUCAGCACGGAAGAAAUCGAGAGGCGGCAGACCCCUUGGAUUGUUUAUUGCAGGGACUAAAUGGCGAUCUUCCGGGCAACAGAGGCGAUGAGAAGUGUGAAUGGACCACGCGGAAUUAUCUAAUUCGUACAUAUCUGUAG